ACUUGUCAAAAUCUGAGUCAGACUGACCCCUUUGAAUUAGAGACAUCUCUUAAGUACAAAUACUUUUGUAACAAUCUGAUUUUUGUGUAGAACAGGUGCCACUAUUUUUUUGAGUUAAUGUUGUAAAUUUAGAAUUUCAAUCUCCAUUACAGGUUUGUUCAUUGGUCUGAUCCUAUGGACGUUUGGUUAAUAAAGUUUAGAGAUGGCUUAAAUGGGUGAUAGAAGCAGUUGAUGGAAAUUGUAAAGGAAAUUAGUUUGCCCAUGUCUGUUGGCCACUGUUCUGAUGAGAAUAAGGAGCAAGAUGGAUUUAUGGUAUUGUCGUCAUCUCCAAGCAUUGAUGAAGUCCACUUUCCAGAUUCCAUGGACCUACUGAAUAAUUUGCACUUAAGUCUGGCAUCAGCUAGCCCUGAUCUUUCUUAUGAAGAGAUUCAAGAGAAGUUAAAAGAAUUGCUAAAAGAAAACUUGGAACUAAAAGAGCUUCUACAGCAGAACAAUAAAAACAUGAGAGCCAAGUUUCAGACCUUGAUCGCUUGGCAAGAUCAGAUCAACCAGGUCCACAAGAACCAUCGAAUGAAAUUUGAGGAGUCUAGAGUUCUGGUCCAGAAACUUCGUGAUGACAAUCACUCAUUAACUAAUCAUGUGGCAAAGCUAGAGAAAGCACUGGCUGAUCAGGAUAAUAUAAAAAUGAAAUUGCUAAGAGAAGUUGAAGAGCUCACAGGGAAAAUCCAGACUGCUGAAAAAGAUAAGCAAGAGGCACUAGCUGAGCUAGAGAGACAGCAGGUGAUCUGUCUUCAUUUAGAAGAACGAGUCCAAGAGAUUACCAUAGAUUAUGAAACUCUGUUGAACACUGGUCAAGUAGAGAAAUGUAGACAUGCAGCUAUAACUGAAGAUAUGCAAGCUAGGCCUAUAAAAAACAGUUGUAAACAGGGUAAAGACACUAGCCUGUAUCCUAUAUCAGUAGAAGACCUUGGAUACACUGUGGUCAGCCAAUCAGGUGCUACAGAUGAUGGAGUGGUGAACCAAAUCAGAAAUAAUCAAGAAAAAGACACAUUUCUACAAAAUAUGGCAGCACAAGCUAGUGGUCAAAAAGUUACAUUUAAUUGUGUUCAAACUAAGAACAGUGAGAAAUCCCAGUUCCUUGUGGUGUGUGGUCAACAAAUGGAUAUGGCUAGUUCUGUCCUUCAAAGGUCUGGAGACAGAUGUGCAGAUUUGGACAACUUACUGCAUGAGUCUCAACAUCGCCUGCAGCGUCUAGAUCUCUGCAACACAGCUGAUGUGGAGCAACUAAAAUGUGAGAUUACAAAUUUACAAGCAAAACUGCAAGAAGAAGAAGCUUGUAGAAAAGAGGAAAGGAAACAAGUUGUAGAGGUCCAGCAACAGUUUACACAACUUUUUGCUGAUUACCAGGAUCUUCUACUGUCUGUUGAGUCCUAUGAGUUGGAGCAGAAAGAUUUGGUUUGUUCAGUUAGCUUUUCUGUUAUGAACAUAUAAAAAUAAAAAAAUGCCAUACUGCAUAUUCACUAGUUUUAUAAAGAUACUUGUUAGUGUGUGUUGACCAGAAUUUGAUUUUUUUGUUUAUUACCUGAAUGCACAAAGAAGUUAAAAGUUAUCUCACUGUUCUCUCUGUAGGCUGUCAUUAUAAUCAGAAUGAAACAGAUUAAAUUGGUAUUUUUUUACUUGAAUGGUUCCGAGUGUAUAUUUCACAGGUAGAAGCAUGGGUUCCGUCGGUAUUAUUUGAUUGGUUCUGAGUGUAUAUUUCAUAGGGAGAAGCAU